CGCGGAGCAUCCGUCUUCUCCAUCCCGGGAGGGAAUAGAGAGCCAUUUGCUGACAUUUGCGAGCCAAACUCUGGACUGACCGUACGGGUUUGGAAGAGCAGUUUUCUGUCACUCCGAAAAAUCGGCAGUGGGCUGCCCAAAGGAACCAAAGGGAUUGAUCACAUCCCUGACAUUCCUUUUUUUUUGGAGUUUGUCCCACUUACUUUGACGGUGGUUUUUGAUCACAAAACACCAUGAGCUCACGUCAGCGAAAGCGCCCUGGAGGAGCAAUUGAUUCCAGACCAGCUCGGAAACGGAGCAGGCUGCUGCCCUCCAGUGCAGGUGGGACUUCGCAGACGGAGCCAAGAGACCUUGAGGAAAGUGCUACACCCGCUUUUGAGCCUGAAGUCAUAGAUCUCACAGGUGAAGACACCAUAGAUCUCACAGGCGAAGAUGUCAUAGAGCUCAGAGUUGAAGAUGUCAUAGAUCUCACAGGUGAAGAUGCUGUAGAUCUCCCAGGUGAAGAUGUCAUAGAUCUCACAGGUGAAGAAGAAGUCAUAGAUCUCACAGGUGAAGACGCCGUAGAUCUCCGAGGUGAAGAUGUCAUAGAUCUCACAGGCGAAGACGUCAUAGAUCUCACAGGUGAAGAAGUCAUAGAUCUCACAGGUGAAGAAGAAGUCAUAGAUCUCACAGGUGAAGACGUCGUAGAUCUCACAGGUGAAGAAGUCAUCAUAGAUCUCACAGGUGAAGACGUCGUAGAUCUCACAGGUGAAGAAGUCAUAGAUCUCACAGGCGAAGACGUCGUAGAUCUCACAGAUGAAUCUUUGGAGCCUGAAGUCAUCAUUAUCAGUGACGAUGAAUCUCCUAUGGACAGGGAGCAGAGCCAGCAGCAGCUGCAUCUUUCCAGAGCAUCAGCCGAGCCACUGGCAAGGGAUGAUGAAGAAGAACCAAGAGACAUUGAUGGUUCCGCUCUCUCUAGUGAUUGGCUGCUAUUUGAUUUCGAUCUUCCAUAUUGGUCAGAUGAGGACUCAGAGGACAGGGAGCAGAACCAGCAGCACCCACAUGUUUCCAGUGCAUCAGGGAAUUCAGCUGAUCUACUGGCAAGUGAUGAUGAAGAGGAACCAAGAGAGGUUGAUGGUGCGUGGCCAGCAGGUCCUGCUAGUCCUCUGGCUGAGGAGAAUGAGGACUCAGAGGACUGGGAGCCCCCACAUUUUUUCAGAACAGCAGAGAAUUCAGCUGAGCUACCUGCAAGGGAUACUGAAGAGGAACCAAGAGAUAAUCAAGGCAGAUGGCCAGACGGUGUAUACGUUGCUCUGCUUCCGGUGUAUUAUUACCCAGGGUGGUGGUAUUUGCAGCAACAGCUACAUUUCGUCAGAGCAGUGCUAGCGAUGGGGAACAAUGAAGAGGAACAAAGAGAUAAUGAUGAGGCACAGCCAGCAGGUCCUGCCAGUCCUCCAGCUAGUGAGGAUGAGGUCUCAGAGCUUCUUGAAGUGCAUGGACAGGAAAGGAGAAAUGUUACACUGAACAGCCAGGAGCAGGUGGCUGGCUCUGGUAAUGGAGCAGGAGCUAAUGAUGUACCUGUGGCUGACUUAGCCCCUGCAGAACAGGGAGCAGAGGAGGAGGACACUGAAAGUUCAGAUGCACAGCAAGGAGUUGUCAUUAGGUGUCCGAUUUGCAUGGAAUAUUACGCAGAGUUUGUGCGACGUGGACGACAGCUUGUGGCAGCCCUGUGUGGCCAUGUCUUCUGCAGUAGAUGCCUCCCUAUUGCCCUUGAGGCUUCUCACAUGUGCCCAGUCUGCAGAAUGGACCUCGAUCCAGAGCUAUACCAUCACAUUUAUUUAUGAGUGCUUCUGCUUCUCAGGACAGACUGAGAUGGAUCUUGGACAACAGGCGGUGUAGAGACCUGUUUCUUUACGUAUAUAGUUCUUCCUGUAUAUAGUUUCAUUUUUGCUGAAUUCAAUUUAAAUAAAGUUUUGAUUGAUUUAAA